AUUCAUAUUUAAAAUAUUUUCAAUUAUUUAAAAUUUUAGAAAUUUGGAAAGAAACAUUUUAAAACGAUGGUUUUGGAUUAGGACAAUCGUUGACGAUUCGAUCUGGUCGGCAGAAUAAUUGCAUGGCAGGUUGUUGAUCUUUGAAUCACUUGUGUCCAAAUACCUGCCUGACGGCUGACAGGUCAUUUAUAAAUGAAAUGUUUUUCAUGAAACCAAGAAACAUAACUAUAUUUAGACAAACAGUUCGAAGUAUUUGCUGUACAAAAACCGAGAGAAAGCAACGUUUUGCAGGAGUUUUGUGCGACAUAGAUGGCGUGUUACUACGUGGUCGCCGAGUUAUACCAGGUGCAAGGGAAUCAAUCAAGGCUUUAUAUGAUAAAAACAUUCCUGUGGUAUUUCUUACAAAUCAGGGUUUGCAAUUAGAACAUGAAAAGGCGAAAAGUCUAUCUGAAAUAUUCGACAUUCAGGUGAAAGAAGAACAAGUGGUGCUGUCACAUAGCCCAUUACGUCUGUAUGAAGGUCUUCUUGAUAAAUUUGUUUUAGUGCUAGGGCAGCAAAAUAUUCGUGCCACAGCAUUCUCUCUUGGUUUCAAAAAUAUCUGUGAAAUUGAUGACAUUCGAAUAGCAUAUCCACUGCUUGACAUGGUUGACAAAACAAGGCGUUAUGAGACACUAAAUGAUUGUCAAUCAAAGAGGAAAAUUGCAGAUAUUGAAGGGAUAGUUUUAUUGGGUGAACCAAUUCGAUGGGAGAGUGUUCUUCAGUUGUGCAUAGACCUGCUGAUUUCUAAUGGCAACCCAUCAAAAUGUCUUAACCAAAUACCAGAGAGACAUAUUCCUGUAGUUGCUUGCAAUACAGACCUAAUGUGGAUUGCUGAGGCACCAUUACCAAGAUUUGGACAUGGUGCAUUUCUAUUCUGCCUGGAAUCAUUAUAUCAGAAAGUCACAGGCCGUUCUUUGGAAUAUAACAUGAUAACUGGCAAACCAUUUCUGAUAACAUUCAAGUAUGCUGAGAAGUUAAUUGAGAAAUAUUUGCAAAGUAAACAUGGUCCUAAUUCGUCGCAUCUCCUCAAGAGAAUAUAUGUCAUAGGAGACAAUCCUGAUACUGAUAUCUACGGUGGAAACUUGUACAAAGAGGAUAUGAAAAAGGACACAGGAAAUAAAUUGUCUACUGUGGAGGAUGUUAUAUCAAUAUUGGUUUCCACCGGUGUGCAUUCGAAAGCCAACUUAGAUAGUUUAGUUGAAAUGCCUGAUCAUGUCCACAAAGAUAUCAAAUUUCAACCUCAUAUGAGAAGACCUGAUCAUAAUGUUGAAAAUAUAAUUGAUGCAGUUAAAAUAAUUAUAGAAAAUGAAACAUGAUAAUUAGAAUUUAGG